AAUGAGAUUAUCUCAAAACGUCCAAAGUUCUUGUGCAACAAAUGUGUUGCUGUUUGCCCUAUCUUGAUAGUGUGCUCGUCUCAUCCAGUUGAUAUCUCAAACAGUGUUGUAGUGUGUAGGCUCUAUGUGUCAUCUCUUAGUGACUCCCCAUAGUGCGAAGUGUCUACCUGUGUCACUAAGGCAUUAUUUUUUCUAAAAAAAUACUAUUGACAGAAAUUUCACGUUUGUUUUACAAAUAUUUAAAGUAAUAAUUGUGAAUUGAUGAAUCUCGGUUGCUUGUCGUUCACCAUUAGUAUGCUAAUAUGUAGUGAGCGACCAGUGUGUUUGGUGAUAAUUUACAAGCUGUGUUUUAGCAGUAAAUCUAUUUACUACGUCACACUACGUGAAUUAUUAGUAAAUAGAGGAGGAUUGAGUAAAAAAAAAAAAACAAUACACACAUAUUAAUGUGCAGUGCUUAUAUUAAAAAUAAAUAAGCAUUCAUUGUCAGCCGUUUAGUUUGACAUUUUUAUUAUACUGUUUGGAAUCCAUGGACGUUAGGAUUAGUUACCCCCAAACCACCACCAUCACUUUUGAGCUGGUGGAGUCGGAGAGCUGCGACAUGUUUAGACUUCGGCAUGCGGGCCAGUUCGGCCUAAUCGACGUCUUUACGUCUGAGCUUUAGAAAGAAUCAAAUAAAAUACUGAUACUCGUGAGAAAUAUUGUUUCAUAUGCUUAAAAUGUGAAUAUCUUAUUAAGUAAAAUUAGGAUAAUCUUAUUUAAAAUUUAAUUUCCCAAUAGCCCCUGGACAGUGGGGUUGUUUUUUUUUUUGGUCCUCCUACGAAACUAUCUUACCGUUUUGAUCGGCAAUAAUUUUUAACUUAAGAUAUUUUUAGCCGAAGCGGAGACAUCUGGCCUGCGACUAUCUUUCCCAAGCGAACAGCUCUCUCUAUAAAAAUGGAAGUUUUCCCUAUUUUCAAAUGUGUUUACUGGCUGAGUUUGGUGAGGUUUAUACGUUGGUAAAUGUCUAGGUUUGUUUAACAGAAGACAAGGAAACGUUUCAGAUGUGGCCACUAAGGAACUGACCGGUCGGUGGUCUUCACGUCUCAGAGUUUGAGUCUCCUUAAAAGUACUUUGGGAAAACUGUUGAGCAUGGUGCCAUCAGGGCUAGACAGGAUCGAUGCCGUCAUCGAUCUGCUUGGACCCGACACCACAGACACGGUCCCCAUAGAUCUGCAUGUAGACAAGCUGAGUUACACCGUCACUGACCAGCCCGGCAGCUGGUGGCAGAGGAUAACAAAUCUACAGGUCAGUUAUGACGGGGAGUGUCAGCGGGGGAGAGGUCCUGAGGAGAAGUGACAGUAAACAGGGUGCUGCACCCCAAUGAUGUAGGUAGUGGGCAUGGUGCUUAGACAUUAGGGUGAAUGGCAGAAGGGACGGUGCUUGACAUUAGGUUAGAUGGGAGCAUGGGGCUAUCCGUGAAGGAUGGUAUACAUUAGGAAGGUAGCAGUAGGCAGGGUGCUCGAAAUUUGGGGGGGGGGGUGGCAGUAUGGAGGGUGCUAUACAAUAAGCUGGCAGCAGUGGGUAGGGUGCUAGACGUUAAAGUGGAGGCAGUAGGCAUGGUGCUAGACAUUAAGCCAGUGGCAGUAGGCAGGGCACGUCAUAAAAAGGCGAUGCAGUAGGCAGAAUGUUACACAUUUAGGUGGAUGCAGUAGAGAGGGUGCUAGACAUGAGGGUGGGUGGCAGUACAAAUAGCUCUAGCCAAAACAUAACACUAAGCCAAACAUUCACACUAAGCCAAACCCUAACCCUAUGUAUAAAACUACCCUUUAGCAAACACUAAUACUAAGACAAAUCUUAACCUAAGCCAAACCCUAAUGCUAAGGCAAACCCUAACCCCAAGCAAAACCCUAACGCUAAUCCAAACCCUAACCCUAAGCCAAAACCUAAUGCUAAGCCUAACCCUAACGCUAAGCCUAACCCUAACACAAAGAAACGGGUUAGGUUUUGGCUUAGGGUUAGGGUUUAGCAUAAGGUUCGGCUUAGGGUUUAAGUUUGGCUUAGGGUUAGGGUUGGGAUUGGGGUUAGGGUUUGGCUUAGCUUCAGGGUGUGGCUUAGGGCUAGGGUUUUGCUUAGAGUUAGGGGUUGCCUAAGGGUUAGGGUUUGUCUUAGGGUUAGGGUUAGGCUUAGGGUUAGGGAUUUGUUUAGGGUUUUGCUUAGGGUUAGGGUUUUGCCUAGGGUUAGGUUUUGGAUUAGGGUUGUUUUUGGGUUUGGCUUAGGAUUAGGCUUAGGAUAAGAGUAUGGCUUAGGUUUAGGGUUGUGCUUAGGGUUAGGGUUAGGAUUAGGGUUAGGGUUGUGCUUAGGGUUAGGGUUUAGCUUAGGGUUUUGCUUAGGGUUAGGGUUAGGCUUAGGUUUAAGGUUUGGCUUACUGUAAGGCUUUGGCUUGCGAUUAGGUAUUAGCUUAGGGUUAGGGUUUGCCUUAGGGUUAGGGUUUAGCUUUGCGUUAGGGUUUAGCUUAGGGUUAGGGAUUUGCUUAGGGUUAGGGUUUGCCAUCGGGUUAGGGUUUUGCUUAGUGUAAGGUAUGGCUUUGGGUUAGGGUUUAGCUUAGGGUUAGGUUAAGGCUUAGGGUUAGGGUUUUGCUUAGGGUUAGGGGUUACCUUAGGGUUAGGGUGUGACUUAGGGUUAGGGUUAGGCUUAGAGUUAGGGUUAGAUUUAGGGUUUGAUUAGGGUUUGGCUUUGGGUUAGGGUUUGGCUUAGGGUUAGGCUUUGUCUUAAGGUUAGGGUUUGGGUUUGCCAUAGGUUUAGGGUUUUCUUAGGAUUAGGGUUUGCCUUAAGGUUAGGGUUUUGCUUAGUGUAAGUGUUAGGCUUAGGGUUAGGGGUUUUCUUAGUGUAAGGGUUAGGCUUAUUGUUUUUCUUAGGGAUAGGGUCUACCUUAGGGUUAGGGAUUUGCUUAGGGUUAGGGUUUGCCAAAGGUAAGGGUUUUGCUUAGUGUAAGGUAUGGCUUUGGGUUAGGGUUUAGAUUAGGGUUAGGGUGAGGCUUAGGGUUAGGGUUUUGCUAAGUGUUAGGGGUUACCUUAGGGUUGGGUUUGACUUAGGGUUAGGCUUAGAGUAAAGUUAGAUUUAGGGUUUGGUUUAGGGUUUGGUUUUGGAUUAGGGUUUGGCUUAGGGUUAGGGUUAGAUUUAGGAUUUGGCUUAGGUUUUGGCUUAGGGUUUGGCUUAGGGUUUGGCUUAGGUUUUGGCUUAGGGUUUGGCUUGGGGUUUGGCUUAGGGUUAGGGUUUUCUUAGGGUUAGGGUUUGUCUUAGGGUUAGGGUUUUGCUUAGGCUUGGCUAGGCUUCGGCUUAGGGUUUUGGUUUUUCUUAGGGUUAGGGUUUUGCCUAGGGUUGGCUUAGAGUUUGGCUUAGCGUUUGGGUUUUUCUUAGGGUUAGGGUUUGGCUUAGGGUUAGGGUUUUGCUUAGGGUUAGGGGUUUGCCGUAGGGUUAGGGUUUGACUUAGGGUUAGGGUUUGACUUUGGGUUAGGCUUAGGCUUAGGGUUCUGCUUAGGGUUUUGCUUAGCCUUAGGGUUAUGAUUAGUCUUAGGGUAAGUGUUUGGCUUAGGGUUAGGUUAAGGCUUAGGGUUAGGGUUUUCCUUAGGGUUAGGUUUUUGCUUGGGGUUAGGGGUAAGCUUAGGGUUAGGGUUACAUUUCGGGUUUCGCUUAAAGUUUGGCUUAGGUUUUGGCUUAGGGUUAGGGUUUGGCAUAGGUUAUGGUUAGAUUUUUGGUUUGACUUAGGGUUUGGCUAAAUGUUAGGGUGUGGGUUUGCCAUAGGGUUAGGGUUUUGCUUAGGGUUAGGGGUUGACUUAGGGUUAGGGGUUGACUUAGGGUUAGGGUUUGUCUUAGGGUUAGGCUUAGGGUUAGGGAUUUGCUUAGGGUUUUGCUUAGGGUUGGGGUUUUCCUUAGAGUUAGGGUUUUGCUUAGGGUUAAGGUUUUGCCUAGGGUUAGGUUUUAGAUUUGGAUUUUUAGGGUUUGGCUUAGGAUAGGGCUUAGGGUAAGUGUGUUGCUUAGGGUUAGGGUUUAGCUUUGGGUUAGGGUUAGCGUUUUGCUUAGGUUUAGGCUUAGGUUUAAGUUUUGGCUUACUGUUAGUCUUUGGCUUGUGGUUAGGGUUUGCAAUAGGGUUAGGGUUUGGCUUACUGUAAAGGUUUGGCUUGGGGUUAGUGUUUAGCUUAGGGUUAGGGUUAGGCUUAUGGUUAUGAUUAGGCUUAGGAUUUUUAUUAGGGUAAGGGGUUGCCUUAGGGUUAGGGUUUGGCUUAGGGUUAGGGUUGGGCUUAGGGUUUUAUUUAGGGUUAGGGUUCGGCUUGGGGUUAGGGGUAAGCUUAGGAUUAGGGUUAGAUUUAGGGUUUAGCUUAAAGUUUGGCUUAGACUUUGACUUAGGGUUAGGUGUAGAUUUAGGGUUUGGCUUAGGGUUUGGCUAAGUGUUAGGGUUUGGAUUUGCCAUAGGGUUAGGGGUUGCCUAAUUGUUAGUGUUUGUCUUAGUGUUUCGGUUGGGCUUAGGGUUAGGAAUUUGCUUAGGGUUUUGCUUAAGGUUAGGGUUUUCCUUAGAUUUGGGGUUUUGCUUAGGGUAAGGGUUAGGGUUUGGGUUAAUGUAAGGCUUAGGGUUAGGGUUAGGCUUAGGGAUUUGCUUAGGGUUUAGCUUGGGGUUAGGGUUUUCCUUAGGGUUAGGCUUUUGCUUAGGGUUAGGUUUUGGAUUAGGGUUGUUAUAGGGUUUGGAUUUGCCAUAGGGUUAGGGGUUGCCUUAGGGUUAGUGUUUGUCUUAGGGUUACGGUUGGGCUUAGGGUUAGGAAUUUGCUUUGGGUUUUGCUUAAGGUUAGGGUUUUUCUUAGAGUUAGGGUUUUGCUUAGAGUUAGGGUUUGACUUAGGGUUAGGGUAAGGCUUAGGGUUAAGGUUAGGCUUAGGGUUUUGCUUAGGGUUAGGGGUUGCCUUAGGGUUAGGGUUUGUCUAAGGGUUAGGGUUAGGCUUAGGGUUAGGGAUUUGCUUAGGAUUUUGCUUAGGGUUAUGGUUUUCCUUAGGACUAGGAUUUUGCUUAGGGUUAGGAUUUUGCCUAGGGUUAGGUUUUGGAUUAGGGUUGUUAUAGGGUUUGGCUUAGGAUUAGGCUUAUGGUAAGAGUAUGGCUUAGGGUUAGGGUUUAGCUUUGGGUUAGGGUUUGGCUUAGUGCAAGGGUUUGGCUUGGGGUUAUUGUUUAGCUAAGGGUUAGUGUUAGGCUUAGGGAUAGGGUUUGCUUAGGGUAAGGGGUUGCCUUAGGGUUAGGGAUUUGCUUAGGGUUCGGGUAAGGCUUAGGGUUAGGGUAAGGCUUUAUGGUUAGGCUUAGGGUUAGGGUUUUGCUUCGGGUUUUGCUUAGGCUUUGGAUUAUGAUUAGGCUUAGGGUAAAAGUUCUGCUUAGGGUUAGUGUAAAGCUUAGGGUUAGGAUUUUCCUUAGGAUUAGUAUUUGGCUUUGGGUUAGGGGUAAGCUUAGGGUUAGGGUUAGAUUUAGGGUUUGGCUUAAAGUUUGGCUUAGAUUUGGCUUAGGGUUAAAGUUUGGCUUAGGGUUUUGCUUAGGGUUAGGGUUUUCCUUAGGGUUAGGCUUAGGUUUAAGAUUUGGCUUACUGUAAGGCUUUGGCUUCGGGUUAGGCUUUGCCAUAGGGUUAGUGUUUGGUUUAGUGUAAGGCUUUGGCUUGGGUUAGGUAUUAGCUUAGGGAUAGGGUUUGCCUUAUGGUUAGGGUUUAGCUAAGGGUUAAGGUUUAGCUUAGGGUUAGGAUUUAGCUUAGGGUUAUGAUUUAGCUUAGGGUUAGGUUUAGGCUGAGGGUUAGGGUUUCACUGGUGUUAAGGUUUGGCUUGGGGUUAGGGUUUAGCUUAGGGUUAGGGAUUUGCUUAGGGUUAGUGUUUGCUCAGGGUUAGGGUUUGGCUUGGGGUUAGGGGUUAGCUUAGGGUUAGGGUUAGAUUUAGGGUUUGGCUUAGUGUUUCUCUUAUGGUUUGGCUUAGGGUUAGGUUUUGCUUAGGGUUAGGGUUAGAUUUAGGGUUUGGCUUAGGGUUGGCUUAGGGAUUGGCUUAGGAUUUUGCUUAGGGUUAGGGUUAGGUUUGCGAUAGUGUUAGGGUUUUGCUUAGGGUUAGGGUUUGCCUUAGGGUUUUUGGCUUAGGGUUAGGGUUUAGCUUAGGAUUAGGGAUUUGCUUUGGGUUAGGGUUUGCCUUAGGGUUUUGGUUUUGCUUAGGGUUAGAGUUUGGCUUAGGGUUGGCUUAGGGUAUGGCUUAUGGUUAGGGUUAGGUUUGGCUAAGGGUUUAUCUUAGGGUUCGUUUUUGGCUUUGGUUUUGGCUUAGGUUUUGGCUUAGGUUUGGCGUUUGGCUUAGGGUUAGGGUUUGGCUUAAAGUUAGGGUUUGGUUUAGGGUUUGGCUUAGGUUUAGGAUUGGGCUUAAGGUUAGAGUUUGACUUAGGCUUAGCGUUUGGCUAGGGGUUAGGAUUUGGCUUUGGGUUACGGUUUUCCUUAUGGUUAUGGUUUGGCUUAUGGGUAGAGUUAGUUUAGGGUUAGUGAUUGUCUUGGAGAUAGGGUUUGGAUUAGGGUUAGGUUUUUGUCUUAAGUAUUUGGUUUUCAGGUUUAAUUUUGGAGUUUUGCUUUGGGGUUUUGCUAAGGUUUUGGCUUGGGGUUGGGCUUACGGUUUGGCUUAGAGUUUGAUUUAGGGUUUUGCUUAGGGUACAGCUUAGACUUUGGCUUAUGUUUUGGGUUAGGAUUUAACUUAGGGUUUGGGUUUUGCUUGUUGUUAGUGUUUGGGUAAGAGUUUAGCUUAGGGUUUUUCUUAGGCUUUGGAUUUUGCUUAGGCUUUGGGUUUGGAUUAAGGUUAGGGUUUUGCUUAGGGUUGGGAUUUGGCUUAGGGUUAGGGUUCUGCUUAGGGAUAAUGUUAAGAUUAGGGUUGGCGUCAGUGUUGGGGUUAGAUUAUGUUAAGGUUGGGAUUAGUUUUCUUUGGUGUUGAGGUUAUGGUAAGCGUUAGGGUAGGAGUUAUGGUUAGUGUUGAGUUUAGGGUUAGUGUUAGAGUUGGAGUCAGUGUAAUUGCUAGGGUUAGGGAUUGGUUUAUUGUUAGGGUUAGGUUAGAGUUAGCAAUAGGAUUAGAGUUAGUGUUAUGGUUACUGUAAGCGUUAGGGCCAUAGUUAGCAUUGCAUUAGUGUUAGGGUUAGGUUUAGGCUUGGAGUUAUGUUUAGUCUUAAGUUUAAAUUUAGGGUUAGGGUUAAUGUUAAUGGUAGGUUUAGGAUUAGGUUUAAUCUUGGCAUAGGGUUGGGGUUAUGGUUGGAGUUAUAUUAAUGUUCAGUUUAGGGUUAGGGUUCUGUUUUGGGUUAAGGUUAAGAAUACGUUUUAGAAUUAUGGCUACGGUUAGGUUUAGUGUUAUCGUGAGGGUUAGAGUUAGAUUUAGAAUUAGGUUAAUGGUUGGGUCUAGUUUUAGGUAUAUGCUUAGGGUUAGAUUUAGAUUUAGAUUUAGGGUUAGGGUUACGGUUAUGGUUAUGGUUAGGUUGGGGUUUGAUUUAGCGUGAUGCUAAGGGUUGGGGUUAUGUUUAGGAAUAGGUUUAGUAUUGGGAUAAGGGUUGAGGUUACGUUUUGGACUAGGUUUAGGCUUAGUGUUGGGAUUAUGAUUCGUGUAAUGGUUGGAGUUAAGGUUGGGUUACUGUUGGAGUUAUGGUUACACUUUGGAUUAUUUUUGUGGUUAGGUGUAGGGUUGCGAUUAUGUUUUGGUUCAGUGUUAGGGUUGGGAUUAAUGUUAGGGUUAGUGUCGGAGUUAGGGUAAGGGGUGGGUUUAUGGUUAGAGUUAGGAUUAUGUUUGGGGUUAGGGUUAAGGUUUGAGUUAGAUUGGGGGUUAGUGUUUUGUUUAGCAUUUAGGUUAUUGCUUGGGUUAGGGUUUUGUUUUGGGUUAGUGUUGGGGUUACGGUUUUGCUUGGGAUUAGGGUUGGUGUUAGGGUUGGUGUAAGGUUUAGGUUGAGGGUUGGGAUAAGUUUUUGUUUAGGUUUAGGUUUGGGCUAUCGUUAGGUUUGGUGUUAGGGUUUUUUUAUGGUUAGAGAUAGGUUUAGGGUUGUGGUUAGGGUUGGAGAUAUAGUAAGAAUAUGAGUUAUAAUUAGUGUUGGCAUUUGGUUAGGGUUAGGUUUUGGGUUAGGUUUAUGGUUUGGGUUAGGAUUUGUGAUAGGGUUAAGGUUCGUGAUACAGUUAGGAUUAGGGUUAGUACUGGGGUUAUUUUUAGGGUUUGGGUUAGGAUUUGGGUAGCUGUUAGGGUUAGGGUUGGGAUUAGUAUUAAAUUUAGGGUUUGAGUUAGAUACUCUCUUAGAAAUGAUUUUCUUUAAUACCCCUUCACAGCUAAGUUGAUUUUUUUAAAUUAAAAUUCUGUUUUAUACUUUUAGUCGUAAUGUCCGCAGUUGUGCUUAGGCUUUCUGCGGGUCUUUUCCUACUCUAAGAAGGGCCCUCCCAGAAUUGUUUUGAAAAUUUUAAAAUGCAGAUGUUCAUUUUUUCACGUACCCGACUUUUUUUCAUGUUUUUCAUGCCUCUAAACUUAAUCAGAUAAUAAAAGUAGAGAUGCUAGUAUUAAGUUAGCCGUCCAUUGACCUGAUUAUUGAUAUAGGUAAGUUAGGUGUCCAUUAACCUAGUCUGGUAUAUACAAAACUUUAUUUUUAUUUGUUACUAAUAAUAGGUUUUUAACAAUUUUUUUUUAAAGAUUUGAAAUUAUUAAUUUGACUUGAAUAAAGAAAAUUAAAAAUCUCACGGAGGUUUGGAGAAAUAUUUCACGUAAAAAGUUUUAGUGGGGUUUUUUUUGUUUCUUUUUUUUUUUUUUUUUUUUUUUUUUUUUUUUUUUUUUUUUUUUAAGAAAAAAAAAAACAAAUUUUUAAAGCAAAAAACUAACUCGGUUUUUUUAGAAUUUUUUCCGUUUUUUUGUUUUUUUUUAUUUGUUUUUUUUUUUUUUUUUUUUUUUUUUUUUUUUUUUUUUUCUUUUUUUUUUCUUUUUUUUUAAAGAAAACAAACAACGAAUUUCUAAAGCAAAGAACUAACUCGGUUUUUUGAGAAUUUCUCACGUAUUUUUGUUUGUAUGUAGUUGUUUUUUUUGUUUUUUUGGUUAUACAGACUACUCUCGACGCAUCUCUUUAUAGGCUUGAUUGAAGACUCUCUUUACCAAAUUCACUCUCUGUGUAUGGCCAUCUAUGAGCUUGUGGAUUAUUAACACGACCGGUGAUCCUUUUUUUUCUUUUUUUUUUUUUGAGCAUUUUCUCGGGGACCUGUUCAUAACAUUAGUACUUGUGCACGCGUACAGUUACCAGGCGGGUCAGGUUAAGGAAUCCUGGAGAUGCCGGGUUUGAACCAGGGACGUAUAGUUUGAAAAUCCCUGAAUUUCGUUUUCCAGACAACUUUUUUUUUAUCUUACAUAUCUUUAAUGCAUACAUUUUGUCUUAAUCGACAUUGCUGUCUUACACUUAAUGCAUUUGUUUUGUGUUUUGUUGAUGUCGUUCUCCCCCCCCCCCUCAGAUGCCGUGGGAAUGGAUGGAAAAGGCGAAACCUACGGAGGUUCUGAAGGGCGUCAGCUUCACGGCCAGGAGCGGGGAACUCUUGGCUAUCAUGGGCGGAUCAGGUCAGAGAACAUGUUGUUUUUUUUAUUUUAAAAACAACCGACAUCCCUAUUAAAGAAUACCAGAAUCCUUAAACAAAUACUACCCAUCCUUAAACAAAUACUACCCAUCCUUAAACAAAUACUCCCCAUCCUUAAACAAAUACUCCCCAUCCUUAAACAAAUACUCCCCAUCCUUAAACAAAUACUCCCCAUCCUUAAACAAAUACUCCCCAUCCUUAAACAAAUACUCCCCAUCCUUAAACAAAUACUCCCCAUCCUUAAACAAAUACUCCCCAUCCUUAAACAAAUACUCCCCAUCCUUAAACAAAUACUCCCCAUCCUUAAACAAAUACUACCCAUCCUUAAACAAAUACUACCCAUCCUUAAACAAAUACUACCCAUCCUUAAACAAAUACUACCCAUCCUUAAACAAAUACUACCCAUCCUUAAACAAAUACUACCCAUCCUUAAACAAAUACUACCCAUCCUUAAACAAAUACUACCCAUCCUUAAACAAAUACUACCCAUCCUUAAACAAAUACUACCCAUCCUUAAACAAAUACUACCCAUCCUUAAACAAAUACUACCCAUCCUUAAACAAAUACUACCCAUCCUUAAACAAAUACUACCCAUCCUUAAACAAAUACUACCCAUCCUUAAACAAAUACUACCCAUCCUUAAACAAAUACUCCCCAUCCUUUAAAAAUUGUAAUACUUGCAUCCUAAAGAAUUACUAUUAUCUUUAAAAAACCGUCUAAGUUAUUUUAAAAUGUGACAGCAUUGUCCUUGAAAAUAAAAAUAUCAAACGACAUAAACAACGGUCAACAAAAAUCAACAAAAAUCAAGAAAAGCGAACAAAUAUAAAGAAAUAUCAAGAAUAUCAACAAACACCAACACAUAGCCUAUCAACAACUAUCAACGAAUAUCAACAAACGUCCUUGGUCUAUAGAAACCUAGUAAGUCCCCCGACAUCACAGAAAAUAGCUAUGCUCAUAACGGUGCCAUCUAUCCCUCCUUGUGUGGUGGAAUCCAUAAGCCCCCCCCCAGAGGCGUAGUGAGGGGGCAGGGGGGACAGAUGUCCCCGGGCGCAAGCUAGUUAAGGGCGCCAAAAUGUGCUUUGAUAUAAUAUUAUUGGUAAAAAUAAUGGUUUGAGAGUUGAAAAAAAGAAAAGGGGGUGCUUUAAAAUGGAUCUUGUCCCCGGGCGCGAAUCUUGUCCGCGGGCGCCAAACACCCUCGCUACGCCUCUGCCCUCUCCCACCCCUCCCCUUCCCUGUCCCCUAAAGCUCGGUCAAUUCCCUAUGAAUAUUUAGUUAUACAAAAAUAUACAGUCAAAAAUAGUAUGAGCACAUUGUUAACUAUUCAAUAAGGAGAUUGAUAACAAAUGAUAACCAUUUCGUUAACAUAUCAAUAGCUCUUUAUACCGGUUAGCAGAACAAAUGAUCUAAUUCAGAUAAAAUUCAGAAGAGGAAUUUUAAAGAGCCUAUAAUAGUUUUACUUCUUAUUCUAAAAAAAAAAUCAUAGCUUCAAGUGAUGGUGCGGUUAAAAUGUUAUCAAGUCCAAACUUUUUGGUUUUAAGUUCAAACUCCAACGUAACCCCCUUUUUUUUAAGAUGAUCAUUUUUUUCCCCCCAUUUCAACUUUGUUAUAUGGAAAAAUGUAAAGGGGAAGGGAUUGUAAUUAACUUGCCCCCCCCCCCAACCAAACCUGUGUAGACAACCCUGCCCUAUAACAAUGUAUCUUAACAAAGAUCCAUUGCUGUUAUCCACUGUUAUCCACUUUUAUCCACUGUUAUCCAGUUAUCCGCUUUUAUCCACCGUUAUCCACCGUUAUCCACUGUUAUCCACUGUUAUCCACUGUUAUCCACUGUUAUCCACUGUUAUCCACUGUUAUCCACUGUUAUCCACUGUUAUCCACUGUUAUCCACUGCUGAACGUUACAUUUGUCAUUUUACAAUUCCCCCCCCCCCUGUAUCUACCAAUUUCCCAUUACACCAACAUGGCAGUGUGGUAUUUGCUGACCUUGACCUCUGAUCUGCCCUAUAUUUCCUUUCUGAAAACCCUACACGUUACAUUUGUCAUUUUACAAUCCCCCCCCCCCCUGUAUCUACCAAUUUCCCAUUACACCAACAUGGCAGUGUGGUAUUUGCUGACCUUGACCUCUGAUCUGCCAUAUAUUUCCUUUCUGAAAACCCUACAGGCAGUGGCAAGACCUCCCUGCUCGACGUCCUGGCGUGCCGGACCACCUCAGGCGUGGUCACCGGCGACAUCUACCUGAACUCUGUCGUCCGCACCAAAGCCAUCCUCGACUCGUGCUCGGGGUACGUCCGCCAAGACGACCGCUUGAUCGCCUUCCUCACCGUCAGGGAGACGCUCAUGUUCGUGGCUCAGCUCAAGCUGCCACGGACCUUCACACAAGCCAUGAUAGCGAACAGGGUGAGCGUUUACUCUUAGUGUCGCACAAAUGGCGUUUUUAAAGACGGGGUGGGAAAAAGGAGGGGAGGGGGCGUCUCGCCCAUGUUGGCACCUAUUUGUCUAAAUAUUGAGGGGCCAUAUGUUCAUUAAAUUGUCAGUUGUAUUUACAUUAAUACCUUGAAUAUCACGUGGGUCACGUACAGAGGGCAUCCCCCCCCCCCCGUUUUAAUGAGAUGUGAGGGAGAAAGUGUGUGGAAGGGUCGAUUAAUGGGAUAUGGUAAGGGGUGCUGUAGAAGCAAUGAAGAUGGGAUUCUUGGGCUUAAGAUUAGGGACAUGGGGGAGGGCGUAAGAUGUGAGGGUAAAUACGAGAGUUGCGUUUUGCUACCUAAGCGAGGGCAGUAUAGGAUGAAACGUGUUAUACAAUUCAAAUAAUUGAGAACCUCUGGAUGUGUCUCCAUAUAGCACAUUGCUACAAAUAGUGAACAUGGCAGGUUAUAAGUGACAACUUUUCUCUGACUCCAGGUGGACCUGGUCAUCGCAGAGCUUGGACUGACCCACGCCGCCGAUACCAAGGUUGGCAAUGGCACCAUCCGGGGCUUGUCCGGGGGCGAGAGGCGGCGUGUUAGCAUAGGAAUACAACUGCUCAUUCUACCAAGUAAGACUCUUACUAUCUCGGUAUUUAUAGCAAGUAAGACUUUUACUGCGCAUUUGUACCAAAGUGUAACAUUCUUUUUCAUUCUGUGUGCCAUUGGACUGUGCACAUUUUAUAUAGCACAACAAUAUAAUAUGUUUUACCCACACCUACCCCCGUUAUUACGUUAUGUAACAUAUCUAAUGACCACCCCCUAAUAUUAUAUAACAUUUCCACCUCUCCCCCAUCCCUCCCCGAUACAACUGAAUAAAGACCAAAAAACAAGCAUAUUUCACGCAAAAAAAGCUUGAAAAAAAAAAUCUAUGAUAAUUUUGUAAAUUUGAAAGCUAAAGCAAAAACAAAACAAAAAAACAAAACAAAAACAAAAAAAGAAAAAGAAAAAACCUAUUUAAAAAGUUAUACAUAUAAUAUAUACGAAUUGUUAUAUAACAUUGCUUUCGAUCCUCCCCCCACACCACAUAAAAUAUAACAAAAUGAUAAACCACCCGUCCACCCCCCCCCUCUGCGUUAUAUAACGUGUGCACGGUCCUCACACAAUCAUUCUUUACGGCACAAAUAAAUAGACGAUAUGUCAUGGUUUCUGGACGCACGGUCUGUGCGGGAAACAUUGACAAGAUGUCCCUCAAAGUGCGUAGCUGUGUUUGUUAUCAGAAGUGUUCAACAUUACUAUUCGGGUUGUGAAAAGGAAGAGGGGGGGGGGGCUUGAACAAAUAACAGUAGUGGCUCUGGCAUAUGUAUCCAUCCCAUUCCUGUGGCGCUGCAGCCCAUCUAGGGCUUUGGCCUGCCUCAUCGCAUCCCCUCCCCCCUUCUUUUUUUAACCCAUACCUACCUGAUGCUUUUCUUUUCCAUCUAAGCCUAGGUCAGCCUCUGGGCAGUUUUCCUCUAGGGGGGUGUGGUGGUGGUGGUGGUGCACCCUCUUUACUCCUCUGUCAUUUGACAUUCUUUUAAGUGUUGCUCGUAAGUAGGCAACAGGUAUAUGCAGGCUGACAACUACGGAACACCAAUCACCCAACAAAGUUCACGAUUAGGAGAUGUUCAAUAACCGACUUCUUUAUUACUCACAUCACCUGCACUCAUAACAGAAGCACUAGCCAGCGGCACUACUAAUCCUUUCGAGAACAUAAUCAAAAAAAAAAAAAAUCCUUAAUCAGACAGUCCAACUAUCUCUCUUCAUGACACAGUCCUCGUUCGUGUACAGAAUAUACCACUCCUCUACCACUCUCGAUCUCACGCCUUAUAAUCACACACGACUUGUUAGUCAUUCGUCUUUUUCUCUCAUCCAAUGACCAUUUAGCCACACUUCGUGACAUAACUCGUGGACCAAAAAGAGUUCACACUAACAACAGUGAUUCUAAUAAAAACUCUCACCAUCCAUGAACAAGUUUUCAUACCAAAACGUCGUGCCACUAAAUCUAGCUCACCACAGUGUUCCUCCCAGAGUUGCCUGCCGUUUUUUUUUUUUUAAAUAUUUCUGCUACUAGCGUGAGAGCUUGAUAUAGACUAUUCUGAAAUAUUUAUGAAUACUGCCAUCUUUUAUUUCUGCAUAUCCUCUCCUGACCCAUACCGUGUGUAUCAAAUGUUCCAUCUACAUAGCACGACUGACCCAUAUUGUUUAUAUCCCUAGGUAUAUUAUUUCUGGACGAACCUACCUCUGGCCUGGAUUCCUUUACUGCUAGCAGUAUCGUUAAGACGCUGUCCCGGUUAGCAUCCAAGCACAGGACGAUCAUCAUGUCUAUACAUCAACCCAGGUAAGUUAUUCUCCUAACUUAGCAUUGGUCAGUCAUCAUGUCUAUACAUCUACCCAGGUGAGUUAGUCUCCUAAAUUAGCAUUGGUCAGUGAUCAUGUCUAUACAUCAACCCAGGUGAGUUAGUCUCCUAACUUAUCACUGGCCAGUCAUCAUGUCUAUACAUCAACCCAGGUGAGUUAGUCUCCUAACUUAUCAUUGGUCAGUCAUCAUCUCUAUACAUCAACCCAGGUGAGUUAGUCUCCUAACUUAUCAUUGGUCAGUCAUCAUGUCUAUACAUCAAACCAGGUGAGUUAGUCUCCUAACUUAGCAUUGGUCAGUCAUCAUCUCUAUACAUCAACCCAGUUGAGUUAGUCUCCCAACUUAGCAUUGGUCAGUCAUCAUGUCUGUACACCAACUAGAAAGAACGUACAUACUAUCAUAACAAAGUUUGAGAUAUUUAGCACAGUCAACUCUAUAAAUGACUAGGUUGACAUAUUUAACACAGUCAACUCUGUCAUGGCUAGGUUUAACAUAUUUAACACAGUCAACUCUAUCACGGCUAGGUUUGACACUUUUAACACAGUCAAUUCUAUCACGGCUAGGUUUGACAUUUUUAACACAGUCAACUCUAUCAUGGUGCUGUCCAAAGGAAGUGUUGUCUACAAUGGUCCGGCACCAAAGAUGGUGACGUACUUCACCAAUUUAGGAUACCCUUGUCCUGAGCACACCAACCCAUGUGACUUUUAUAGUAAGCUUGUCAAGUGUGUUGUAUGUUGAACGUAUAGUUGAUGUUCUAUGUCAGUGGUUCUCAUCCUUUGGGUCGCGACCACUUUCGGGGUCAAACGACAAUUUUCCUGGGGUCGCCUAAGACCAUCAGAAAACACAUACACUCUACAGUGAUGAAGUAGCAAUGAAAAUAAGUUUAUGGUUGUGGGUCACCACAACAUGAGGAAUUGUAUGUAAAGGGUCGCGGCAUUUCAAGGUUUGGAAACCACUGCUCUAUAUAGUAGCAUGGAAUAACUUAGCUGGUGACGUAUAUUUUUUUUUCAAAUGCAUGAUUGACCUACUGUCUCAUAAACAUAGGUUAGAAGUCAAUAUGAUGUAAAUAUAUAGGUUAAACAUUCCGUUUAACUGUUAUCCUCACUGUUUAAUAUUGAAAUUUAACUGUUACUUUUAUUGUCAAACACUGAAGGGCUGGCCAUCGACUUACACAUCUAUCCUUGACGUUUAUUUGGGGCCUCAAAGGGUUAACAUUCAUUAUUAACGGGUGUUAACAAUUAACAUUUCUUCGUGUUUAGCGCGUGUCUGAAAUGUUCAAGCUCAAAAAUGUUCAACUUGCAUCAGCUUCGAAUCUCAUAGUCUUAACAUCCUGAUGUAUAAUUUAAAACAUGGUGAACUCUUAUAUAUUCCUCAUAAAGAACUGAUAGCUCUCAUUUGGUGCAACACUGUAGCUCUGAGUUUCAAUUUUAUUUCCAAAUAAAUGGAAAGGCUUUCUUUCGUGGAGCCCAACUCUUUCAGGCUGUUCAUGGUUCUAGAAUGAAUCCAUUGUUUUUUUUUUUUGUUUUGUUUUAGAUGGUUCAAUUGCCUGACUGUCAUAGCGUAAUUCUUUCCAGUUGGAUUAUUUAAUGGGCCAUCUUCCAUAAUCACGGUAGUACUUUCUAAUCGUAUUAUUCAAUGGCCCAACUUUCUUGUGGUAACACUUUUGUAAUCGAUUAUUCAAUAGCCCAACUUUCAUGUGGUAACACCUUUGUAAUCGUAUUAUUCAAUGGCCCAACUUUCUUGUGGUAACACUUUUGUAAUCGGAUUAUUCAAUGGCCCAACUUUCUUGUAAUAACACCUUUCUAAUCGAAUUAUUCAAUGGCCCAACUUUCAUGUGGUAACACUUUUGUAAUCGGUUUAUUCAAUGGCCCAAAUGUCUUGUGGUAACACCUUUACAAAUGGAUUAUUCAAUGGCCCAAAUGUCUUGUGGUAACACCUUUGUAAUCGGAAUAUUCAAUGACCCAACUUUCUUGUGGUAACACUUUUGUAAUCGGAUUAUUCAAUGGCCCAACUUUCAUGUGGUAACACCUUUGUAAUCGUAUUAUUCAAUGGCCCAACUUUCAUAUGGUACCACCUUUGUAAUCGUAUUAUUCAAUGGCCCAACUUUCAUGUGGUAACACCUUUGUAAUCGGAUUAUUCAAUGGCCCAACUUUCAUGUGGUAACAACUUUGUAAUCGUAUUAUUCAAUGGCCCAACUUUCAUGUGGUAACACCUUUGUAAUCGUAUUAUUCAAUGGCCCAACUUUCUUGUGGUAACACUUUUGUAAUCGAAUUAUUCAAUGGCCCAACUUUCAUGUGGUAACACUUUUGUAAUCGUAUUAUUCAAUGGCCCAACUUUCAUAUGGUAACACCUUUGUAAUCGUAUUAUUCAAUGGCCCAACUUUCUUGUGGUAACACCUUAUUAAUCGGAUUAUUCAAUGGCCCAAAGUCCAAAUGUGGUAACAUCUCUCGAAUCGGAGGUUUUAAAGCUAAUUCCACUUAUUUAAUAUAUAUUAUAUAUAAAUUAAAGUAUGUUUAAAAAAAAUGGUAGCAAGAAAUAAAUAAUUGAAAAGAAUUACUGGCCACAGCAUGACUUACUAACAUCACCUGGUUUUGAUGUUGUUAGUUGAUUUAGACACAGUGUGACUUACUAACAUCCCCUUCUUUUGAUGUUGAUAGUUAAUUUAGCCAUAUCGUGACUUACUAAACAUCACUUUCUUUUGAUGGUGACAGUUCAUUUAGCCACAGUGUGACUUACUAACAUCCCUUUCUUUUGAUUGUGACAGUUGAUUUAGCCACAGUGGACGGCACGUCUAAGGAACAAGAGGAGAUAACCUCCCGAGUUGUCAAGACGCUGCAUGACGCCUUCAGAGUGACGGAGGAGUCGGUUACAGACAUCGAAUCUUACAGACAAGACGUAAUCGAAGCUAGGGAAAUAAAGGUUUGCGAUACUGUAGGUCGAUCUUUUCCAUGGUGGGGGGAUAAUAUGUCAGUGAUUGGCGCAUUUGGCCUCAACUAUAUGGUGCCUUACUGUCAAUAUAGUCAGAGUAUCAGUGUAAGAUCGAUGACGUGUAGUGUUUUAUAAUACCUUACCUUUGACCAAUGAAGCAAGGGCCGUGCGAAAGGGAGGGGGUGGGACGAAACAGGGGGGGGGGGGUUGCCACGGGCGCGAACAUCGAGAGGCGCCAAAAUCUUUUAAAGAUACGAUUUUAAUAGUUAAUUAAAAACUAAAACCCAAAGUGCUAUGAAGCAAGGGCCGUGCGAAAGGGAGGGGGUGGGACGAAACAGGGGGGGGGGGGGUUGCCACGGGCGCGAACAUCGAGGGGCGCCAAAAUCUUUUAAAGAUACGAUUUUAAUAGUUAAUUAAAAACUAAAACCCAAAGUGCUUCUCAAAGACAAGGGCAGAGGGGCGCCGCACCAAAAUCUUAAAUUUAGUGAUCCGCCUCGGACGUACUAUUUUCUACUUCAGCCCGGACGCCAAUUGUCCUUGGCAAGGCCCUGAAUGAAGCCAUUGUAAUUUUUUUUUUAAAUAUUGAACUUCUACUAAUGACGCUAUUGUGAUGUUAUAAUUUCUAAUAAAGAGACCCUUACUAAUUUAGUUAUUGAUAUAGUCAAUUGAGUCGGUGGGGUGGAAACAACAAAUUUCACUUUCUUAAUAUUAUGAACCUGAUUUCGUUUAUUUAUCCCUGGACUCCAGCAAUCCAUUGACGGAAUGAAGGAGCUGACCGACUCCCCCUACGUCAAGCGAGUGACCGGUGAUGACACCCUUCAGAAUCUGAUAGACGCCUACGAGAGACAGCGGUCCUGUCCAGGUCUUGGUACACAGUUCGUCAUUCUCUUCAGGUCAGUUCAUGUGUACACACAUAAACUUUAUUGCAAUGGAAAUCAAAGAAAAAAAAAUGAUCAAUUGGAAAAUAGGUAUAUAUAUAUAUACUUAUCAUGUAAAACCUAUCACUUGAAACUUAUCACUUGAAACCUAUCCCUUGAAACCUGUUACUUUGGAAUAAUAUCACUUGAAACGUAUCACUUAUCACUUGAAACACUAUCACCUCCCCUCCAGGAGAUUUAUUCGAGUCACCGUGGAUGACUACCCAGCCCUGCUGACCCACCUGGUCCAGGCCCUGCUCAUGUCCCUGCUGCUGGGCACCGUCUACAUUGACCUCAAGCUCAGCCAGGUCUCCAUCAGGGAUUGGUUCGGUGUCAUGUUUAUGAUCAGCGUCAUGUACCCAUACAUGGUCAUCUUGGGGCUCAUUGGCACCUGUAAGUCACAUGCUAGGAUUAAAUCUGCCGUCGUUUCUAUAAGAUUAAAAUCUGGCAUGAAAUGGUGUCCUGAUUUUGAAGGCCCUAAAAGUGUUACUUGGGCUAAGGUUACUUAAGUCCCUAAAGUCUUUAAUUAUAAUAGUAUACCCCCAGCCGUUUUUACGUGAAAAGUCGUAUUCUGAAAGAAAUAUUUCCAAUGUGUUUUAUAUAUUAGCUAUGUAAGAUCGUGUAUAAUAAUAAUAUAUAUACAUCAUUUUCUGCCAGUUGCCAUUCAUCCUUACAUCUACAAACAGUUGGUAAAAAUUAGUGGCUUUCCAUAUAAUUCCGCAAAAUUUUUAAGGAGAUCCGCUACAAAAUGUGACAUUGUACGAAUAGUUUUGUAGAGAACACCAUAAGACAUGCUAGCGGUGAAAUUAAGCUCAAGCCUUGUGGUCAUAUCCAGAAGUGUCAUAUAUUUUGCUUAUAUAUUGUAAUCUUUAUCCGAGUCGACGGUUGGUUGGUGACAAAUAAAGUUUAAAAUUUAGGUGACACAUCCCAGGAAAAAAAUCAGGCCGUGAGAAAUGUAGCUUUUUUAUGGUCAUUAGUUUGUAAGGUCAAAAAGAAAUUUUUAAAAAAAUAUUGUUAAAAAAUGGGGAAGCAAAAAGGUGGUAUAUAGAAAAGGGACAACGCUUGAAAAAUACAUAUUAUUUACAUUGACGGGCGUUGUACUGUAUACAACUAGCAGUAAACACGGUGGAUAAACUAUGGGGAAAACUUAAAUUUGUUACAGUUCAUCCAAAGUAUGAUAAUCAUCCAAUUAACAAGUGAGAUAACUUUUUAUAAUAGUAUAUUCAAACUAUGACAAAAGUGCAUGGCUAGUUAUAACAUUUUUUUUUCCAUCACGAGCCAUAAUAAUGUCUAAUAAUAACGUUGAACGUCAACAAUGAUUAAUUUAAAUAUUUAACCCCCCCUUAAGUAUCCAAAGGGCCACCAUGAGUAUCCAAAGAGCCAACAUGAGUAUCCAAAGAUCCAACAUAAGUAUCCAAAGACCCAACAUUGGUAUCAAAAGACCCAACAUAAGUAUCCAAAGACCCAACAUGAGUAUCCAAAGAGCCAACGUGAAUAUCCAAAGAGCCAACAUGAGUAUCCGAAGAGCCAACAUGAAUAUCCAAACGGCGGAAAAACCAAUAUUUAAUCCUUACUGUAGUCUUGCACAAAGUUUUGCGCUCAGAAUACAUGAGAGAUUCGAGGGCUUCCAGUGCAAUCUCAAUAUAUUUGUGUUCGCAAUUGGCUAGUAAUAAUUUAUAAGCACCGAUACCUUGAGAUGCUCGGUGACUGAGUUAAUCUACAAAUUAUAAAUACCUGGCUCUUUCAAUGUAUAAAUACAGCACAUGCGGGUCUAUGUAAGACCGAACCCCAUGGCAGCACACUCACUACAAGGGUACGCCUGUCGAAUGACUAAGACCUUAAACCUUGCUCACAAGUCGUCUCCGUCAACUCCAAAUGGGCGGGUCGCAUCGGACCUGCCUGAUAUAGGACACAACAAGGGAAACAACGCCGCCAGGGGUCACGUGUUGGUCCCGCGAUGGUCAGUCACCGAGCAUGAUGGACCAAACAAGAGGUUAGGGAGCAGCACACAGCGUUGUGCUCCUUCAAAUUUCAGUAGGUGUGUACAUGUUAUCCACAGAUGUCAAAGGGACAAUCAGAGGAUCGUGUGUUACAUUUUUACUAUUAAACCGCACCUUGCCACAUUAGUAUUAAGACUGUGUCCAUUGGAAAAACAAAAAAAAAGGUUUAAAUGUGGUUGUCUUAAAAAGUUCUGGAGCUUUAGGAUCAUUGUAACUUUAGUUUAAUGAGUUGGCAACAUUGAUUUAUUAGGAUGCGAUUGAUUGCUGGCCUACAUCUGAAAUAUGUUCACUGUCAUUUACCAUGUUAAUGCUCAACUUUUAUCUCCAUCCAUUCCUGGCGAACACCAACUCACAUUGCCCCACUCAACCCACACCGUGCCACCUAACUUAAACCAUCCAACUCAAACCACACCGUCCCAUCUAACCCACGCGACCCCCACCUAACCCACUCCACUCCACCCACACCGCCCCACCUAACCUUUACCUCCCACCUAACCCACACCGCCCCACCUAACCCACACCGUCCCACCUGCACCCAUUAAAGGCCAUGAAGAGAGACGAUUUCUUUACUUUGAGCUACAGGACCGACUCUACCACCCGGCAGCAUAUUACUUUGCAAAGGUGAAAGAACUCGCUUUUCAAGUGACCUAUUAAAUUUUUAAAAAUUAAAUUUCUGUAUUAUCUAAAUUUCGUUCAGACGAUACCUUAUAAAACUUGGGUAUCGGUUUUAAAAUUAAAGAAAUUACAUUUUUUAUGUCCACGAACUCAUAACUUGUAUGAUUUUAUUAAAACAUAAAUUAUUAAAAUGACAUAUUAUAAUAAAUUACCAAUAAUUAGAUACACUUCAUUUAUUUCUUGUUAAGAAGUAAGGUAUAACUAACUGAUAUUUUUUUUUAAAUAGGUGUUCAGUGAUAUCCCUUUCCAUCUCAUCUAUGUUCUGGUGUAUAUAAUACCACUGUACUUUAUGGCUGGUCUACCUGUGGAUGGCUACAUCUGUUGUAUGGUAGGUUAAAUAUGACAUUGUUUGUGUAACAGUCAAUGGCUACAUCUGUUGUUUGAGGGGUUAAAUAUGACAUGGUUGGUCUUAAAAUAGGUGGCUACAUCUGUUGUGUAAAUAGUAUGGUAAAUAUGGUACGGCUGGUCUAACAGUUGCAUGAAAGGUAUAACAUUUCCUAUAUGUUAUAUUAAAUAGAGUCAUAUCGAGUCCAUAUGGUGCUCACGAUAAGAACUUAAAUAGCGCCACCCCCCACCCCCAAUUAUAUUUGAUUGAUCUAAUUUUGUUUAUAAUUAAGAUUUAGAAGAUAACAAAACAACACAUAAGCAGUCUGGGUUAUGAUAUUUUUUUUAUUGUUUGAUCAUCAAAUAUGUAAACAAAACAUACUAAUACACGAGUACGAUAUCUUUCGAUCACAAUAGACGAGUACGAUAUCUUUAAAUAACAAUAUACAAGAACGACAUCUUUAUGUAACAAUAUACGAGUACGAUGUCUUUAUAACAAUAUACAAGAACGAUAUCUUUAUUAAAAAAAUGGCUACGUCUUUUUAAUAUGAACAUAAUAUAUUGCCUUACGCUGGUCAGAACUAGUCAAUGCUCGUCAGAACUAGUCAAUGCUAUAACAGAACUAGUCCAUGCCAAACUGAACUAGUCAAUGUUGAUCAGAAUUAAUCAAUGCUGAUCAGAAGUGGUCUUAUGUACUAACCCUGGGUACGCCUCAGUGUUUGUAAGGUUAAACAGGUCAAGCCUUGUCUAACAGUGGAUCAUGGCUUAUAAGGCACCCCAAAUAAAGCUGAAAUAUAUUAUUUAUAUAUAUAUUAUUUCAUCUAACUAACAUACCCCUCUCCCACUCGUGACAUAGUUAAAAAAUGCAUAAAUAUGAGCCUCUAACGUGCUCAUGUCAUCUACAUGCCAUCUUCAUGUCAUCCACAUGUCAUCCACAUGUCAUCCCCAUGUCAUCCUCAUGCUAAUCUUUUUGCCUUAUGAAACAGUUCGGGCUCUUUGUGGGCGUGUCUGUGUUCACGUCACGUUGCCUGGCAAUGAUGUCCGCCGCCAUUCUACCGACCUAUCAGAUCGCAAGCUUCUUCUCGCAGACCAUGUUCUCUCUGUUCAUCAUGAGUGCAGGGUUCUUGAUCAACCUCAACAACAUCAUUGCUGGUAGGUACGGGUGACGCCAUGGGUUGAUGUAAGGUAGAUUGCCGGUAGGUACCGGUGAUGUCAUUGGUUAAAGGAAGGUAGAUUGCCUAUAGGUACCGAUGACGUCAUUGGUUAAUUAGAGGUAGAUUGCUGGUAGGUACCGGUGACGCCAUAGGUUAAUGGGAAGUAGAUUGCUGGUAGGUACCGGUGGCGCUAUGGGUUAAUUGGAAGUACAUUGCUGGUAGGUACUGGUGGCGCUAUUGGUUAAUUGGAAGUACAUUGCUGGUAGGUACCGGUGGCGCUAUUGGUUAAUGGAAGGUAGAUUGUCGGUACGUACCGAUGACGUCAUUGGUUAAUAGAAGGUAGAUAGUCUAUAAGUACCGAUAACGUCAUUGGUUUCUGAAAGGUAGAUUGCCGGUAGCUACCGGUGACGUCAUUUGUUAAUGUAAGGUAGAUUGUCGGUAGGUACCGGUGAUGUCAUUGGUUAAUGGGAGGUAGAUUGUCGGUAGGUACCGGUGAUGUCAUUGGUCAAUGGAAAGUAGAUUGUAGGUAGGUACCGGUGAUGUCAUUGGUUAAUGGGAGGUAGAUUGCUGGUAGGUACCGGUGAUGUCAUUGGUCAAUGGAAAGUGGAUUGCAGGUAGGUACUGGUGAUGUCAUUGGUCAAUGGAAAGUAGAUUGCAGGUAGGUGCUGGUGAUGUCAUUGGUUAAUGGGAGGUAGAUUGCAGGUAGGUACUGGUGACGUCAUUGGUUAAUGGGAGGUAGAUUGUCGGUAGGUACCGGUGAUGUCAUUGGUCAAUGGAAAGUAGAUUGCAGGUAGGUACUGGUGACGUCAUUGGUUAAUGGGAGGUAGAUUGCCGGUAGGCACCGGUGAUGUCAUUGGUCAAUGGGAAGUAGAUUGCAGGUAGGUACUGGUGACGUCAUUGGUUAUGGAAGGUAGAUUGUCGGUAGGUACCGGUGAUGUCAUUGGUCAAUGGAAAGUAGAUUGUAGGUAGGUACCGGUGAUGUCAUUGGUUAAUGGGAAGUAGAGUGCCGGUAUUUCAUAGUAUUUUUCCCACGAUCGUUCUUUUUUUUUACCCCAUUAUCGGAUCAUGAAUGAACUUACAUAGUCCAACAUUUGGAUCUUCCUGGAUCCUAAUAUAGCAGACCCCUCCUCCCCCGCCCCAAUUGUUUGACCCUCCAUGUAUGAUCUUAGCGUCCAUCCACAAAUGACGUCACUCAUAUAGCGGGACGGGGAUAAAAAAAUUUGUGAAGAUGUAGUAGGAGGAUGUCUGAAAUUGUGUGACGAAUUUGUGACAAUUUUGUCUGUGUGGCACUGGUGGGGAGGGGGGGGGGGCUAAAAUCAGCAAAAAUUGAAUAACGUUAUUCUUUGAUGACCCCCCUCAUAGCAGACCUCUACUAUUAGUCCCAGGUCCGGCACUAGACAUUUUUAGGUUGGGUGAAAAUAGGCAAUUGUCGCCCUCUGGAAAAUGAUGGGAAGAGUUCAACAUUUUUUUUUUUAAUUUUAACAAAUUUUUAUUCAAAUUCCGCAGUGAUGUUCACCCAUCGCCCUGAUAAGCCCCUUCAUUGAAAACUUGUGUUUGUCUCACCAGGCACCCGUUGGCUGUCCAUUUUGAGCUACCUGAGGUGGGGGUUCCAGGCCCUGUGUCUCAUACAGAUCAAAGACCUGGAGUUCGAGUGCGACACAUCGGUGACCCACGUGUGUGUCCACAAUGGAACCAAAGCCCUCGAGACGUACUCUCUGGACUCUGGUCAGCUGUGGCAGUGCGCCCUGGGGCUUGGUGGGACCAUGGUGGUUUUUUUAGCCGUCAUGCUCGUGGGUUUGAUGUGCGUCCCACAGAAACCGCACAAUGAGUGACGGACCGGCGUCAAGCCCCGCCUACCCUAUUUAUAACGAAAGAACAUCAAAGAUGGCUACCUCAUUUGUUUUAGUGGCGUGCAGAA